AUUUGACUUCGAACAGCUGUUGUAGGUGAAACUGUUUGCUUAAUGAAUUUAUCGCGAUUUUAGAUAACGUAAACUCGAUUAUAUCAGAAUUACACGCUUGAGAAAAUGUUACGCGUUUCGUGAUAGAAUUAUUUUUGUUCGGACGUUGAUAUUUUAUACAGUUGACAACGUUUCGCCAUUGAUUCAAAGGAAUACGCAGGUACAAAUGUAUCGUUGUUAUCGGCAAAAGUGAGCAAUACAUUUGUCGGUUUCUUACAGUAUUCUUGGUUAAUGUCAACGUUAUUUGCGUCACAAUGGAGGCAUUUAUGCAUAAGAACGGCCCAACUGAUAAACAAUUUAUUUUAGAGAGAUAAAAGGAAAUGACAAUGAUAAAAAUAUAUGCAAAUGAACACUACCAUUGCGUAUGUAUAAGGUUUUAAGAAAUGGCAACGGCACAAGGUACACCGGAAUCUGACCCUGGAAGCUUCGAAUGCUUUCAAAACUAUACUGCACCUGAGGUAUUUGUACAAGGUUUGGCUGGUAUAGUGGAUCAGCAAGAUGUAGAAUCUAUGAUAAGGGCUCAAAAACAAAUGUUACAAAGAUUCGAAAAGACCAACGAAAUGUUGACCAACUGUAAUCAAUUGUCUGUAAAUAGAUUAAAGGCUGCUGGCACAGAAUUUAAAAAGCACACUGCGCUAUUGGUAGAAAUGAAAAAGGAUUUGGAUUAUAUUUUCAAGAGGAUUCGUAUCAUAAAAAAUAAACUGAGUCAGCAAUAUCCUCAAGCAUUCAACGAAGCGGUAAGAAGCAGUUUGGCAGAAGAAGUAAUCGUCGAGGAUGUAGAUUGCUCGGUAAAACCUUUGGAACCUGAAGUUGUUCCAUUACCAGCCGUGUCUCAAACUGUUACGGAUCGAGACCCAGAUUCUGAUGUGCCGGUUGAGGAGUUUCAAUUCGCAAAGCUGCGGAAACGGCGAAUAAAGAGCAACGAUAGUUCGUCGACGGAGAGCAACAACGAUCACAGUAACGCCGAUACUACGUCCUGCACGUCCGAUUCUGGUUAACUCGCUCGAUUGAAAGAUCCGCUGGAAAGACAAAAGACCGAAUUGGCGCCGAAAACAGGAUAGAUCGACGGGAAUCGCGUUCCUUACGCGGCCGUUGAUCCGCGUAAAUCGUUAACCGACAAUAAACUUUCGAACGACGACGAUUAAUUAUCAAAACUGAGAAAAAAGUUUCAGGAAAUAUAAGAAAGUUGUUACUCGACUAAGCGCGUGUUUGUAAAUCGCAGAUUUGUGAAUUUUGUUAACGUCGAAUAACGAAUAAAGCAUUUGUUUGUACACUGUA